AUGGGAGACGACGAACAUCAGCACGAUUUCCAUGAAGCUGGAUCCGGUGCUUCAGCCACCUACCCUAUGCAAUGCUCAGCUCUUAGAAAGAAAGUUCACCUUGUUGGUCUCGAUAUUUUCACUGGAAAGAAACUCGAAGGUGGGUGUGAUUUUGAGUUGUGUAAUAUGGGUCUAUUACAUGUAAUCUGUUUUAACAUUGAUUUUAUGGUAGAUAUUUCUCCUUCUACUCAUAACAUGGAUGUUCCAAAUGUUAAUCGCACUGAAUUCCAACUUAUAAAUAUUGAUGACAAUUACUUGAGCUUGAUGACAAAUGACGGCUCCACCAAGGAUGAUGUUCGUGUUCCUGAAGGUGAAAUGGGUGAAAAGAUCCAAUCUGAUUUCGAUGAAG